GUGGCAGCCUGUCGGGGCACCUGGCGUGUGUGGCGGCGGUGAGCUGGCCGGAGGAGGAGGCGCUGCUCAGCGGGGGCUGGGACCACUCGGUCCGGCGCUGGGACGUCUCCAGCGGCCUGCCCACCGCCUCCUACCACGGCUCCAAGGCGGUCCUCUCCCUGGCGGCGCACCCCGCCUCGCCGCACCUCGUCGCGUUCGGCUGCUCCGACAGGGCACUGCGGCUCUGGGACACCCGCGGCCGCAACACCGCAAUGGUGACCAGCAACCAGUCGGCAGAGGAGGGCGGGGCGGAUGCGCUGGCUGUGACGACCCAUGGGUCACACGGCAACUGGGUCACCUGCGUGGCCUGGUGCCCGGGUAACGCGCACCAGCUGGCGACUGCGAGCCACGACGGGUGCGUGAAGCUGUGGGACGUGCGCACGCAGGUGCCGCUGGGGAGUCUGAAGGGGCACACGGAC